AUGACUGAUCAAUUUGGAGUUGCUUAUGGUGCUGCAUUGCUUCUUGGUGGUUUACUUGGCUAUAUCACUCGUCGUAGUAGUAUUUCACUCCUAGCUGGUGUUCUCUUUGGUGCUUGGACUAUUUACAAUGCAACACAUCUUACACGUCAAAAUUAUGUUGCUAAUUUUGCUAUUGCUGCAUGUCUCGGUCUUAUUAUGUUACUUCGCUUUUUAAUUAGUCGUAAAUGGUUUCCAGCUCUUGUUAUUGUUGCUUUAUCAACUGGACUAGCCUAUCGAAAUUAUCCAUAUCUUAAAUAA